ACCGCACUUCCGCAUUGCCUUUGCGCUGGUGCGUUUUCUCGCAAAGUUGGUCGGUUCUUGUGUCCUGCUCCGCGCUUGGGUUGCGUCGCUGACAUGGAGGCUGGUCCAGGGCGCCGCGCACCUCUGCAGGAAAUGCUGUCAUUCAGGGAUGUGGCCAUUGACUUCUCUGCAGAAGAGUGGGAAUGCUUGGAGCCUGCUCAGUGGAAUUUGUACAGGGAUGUGAUGUUGGAGAAUUACAGCAACCUUGUCUUCCUGGGUCUUGCUUUCCCUAAGCCAUACCUGGUCACGUUUCUGGAGCAAAGACAAGAGCCUUCAGAUGUGACAAGACCAGCAGCAGCCACCAUGCACACAGAUAUAAAACCAUAUACAUGUAAAGAAUGUGGCAAAGCCUGUGAUUGGAACUCACUCCUUGAACACCAGACAAUGUAUCCAGGAGAGAAAGCUUAUAAGUGUGAAGAAUGUGGUAAGGCUUCUGGUUCUUGCUCAGUACCUUCUGAACACCAGAUAAUUGAUAUAGGAGAGACAUCCUACAAGUGUGAAGAAUGUGGCAAAGUCAUUUGUAUUUGCUCAGAAAAUUCUAGCUACCAGAGAAUUUGUAGUGGAGAGAAUCACUACAAGUGUGAAGAAUGUGGAAAAACCUUUUCUACUCAAUCAUGUCUUACUCAGCACGAGGUAGAACACACUGGACAGAAAUUCUAUAACUGUGAAGAAUGUGGGAAACCGUUUUAUUGUCCUUCUCAACUUACAGAACAUCAAAAAAUUCAUUCUCAAGAGAAUCCCUUUAAGAUUGAGGUAUGUAGUGAGGUCUUUUGUGUUCCCAUAGAACUUUCUGAGGACCAGAGAUUUUGUACUGAAGAGAAGCCCUAUAAAUAUGAAGACUGUGUCAAGGCCUUUACUGCUUGCUCAGGACUGUCUGAACACCCAAGGAUUCAUCCAGGAGAGAAAGCCUACAAGUGUGAAGAAUGUGGUAAUGCCUUUUGUACACUCCAUUCAGUAUCUAAACACCUGAAAAUUCAUUGUGAAGUGAAAUCCUACAAGUGUGAAGAAUGUGGGAAAGCCUUUGCUAGUCAUCUUUCCCUGAUUCAGCAUAAGAUAGGUCAUACCCGAGAGAAACCUUACCAAUGUGAAGAAUGUGGUAAAAUGUUUUACUGUACUUCAAACCUUAAACAACAUCAAAUAACUCAUUCUCAAGAGAAACCCUACAAGUGUGAAGUAUGUGGCAAGGUUUUCAGAACUUGCUGGCAACUUUCUAAACAUCUGAGAAUCCAUUCUGGAGAGAAACCGUACAAGUGUGAGGAAUGUGGCAAAGCCUUUUAUACUCUCUCAUAUCUUACUCAGCACAAAUUAGGUCAUACUGGGGAGAAACCUUACAAAUGUGAGGAAUGUGGUAAAACCUUUUACUAUCCUUCAGUCCUUAAAGAACACCAAGCAAUUCAUUCUGGAGAGAAACCAUACAGGUGUGAUGAAUGUGGCAAGGACUUUUGUACUCGCUCAGGACGUUCUAGACACCAGAGAAUUCAUACUGGAGAGAAACCUUACAAGUGUGAGCAGUGUGGAAAGGCCUUUUCUACUCAUUCAUACCUUUCUCAUCACAAGAUAGUUCACACUGGUCAUAAGCCCUACAAGUGUGAAGAAUGCGGCAAGAAGUUUUACUAUCCAUCUCGCCUUAAAGAACAUCAAAGAAUUCAUUCUCAAGAGAAUCCUUACAAGUGUGAAAUAUGUGGCAAAGCCUUUUAUACUCACUCAUACUUUACUCAGCACAAAUUAGGUCACACUGGGGAGAAACCUUACAAAUGUGAGGAAUGUGGUAAAACCUUUUACUAUCCUUCAAUCCUUAAGGAACACCAAGCAAUUCAUUCUGGAAAGAAACCAUACAGGUGUGAUGCAUGUGGCAAAGACUUUUGUACUCGCUCAGGACGUUCUAGACACCAGAGAAUUCAUACUGGAGAGAAACCCCACAAGUGUGAAGAAUGUGGAAAAGUCUUUUCUACUCAUUCAUACCUUACUCAGCACAAGGUAGUCCACUCUGGAGAGAAACCUUACAAGUGUGAGGAGUGUGGCAAAAAGUUUUACUAUCCUUCUCGCCUUAAGGAACAUCAAAGAAUUCAUUCUCAAGAGAAUCCCUAUAAGUGUGAAAUAUGUGGCAAUGUCUUUUGUACCCCCAAAGGACUUUCUAAACACCAGAGAUUUCAUACUGGAGAAAAACCCUACAAGUGUGAAGAAUGCGGAAAAAUGUUUUACUAUCCUUCUCGCCUUAAGGAACAUCAAAGAAUUCAUUCUCAAGAGAAUCCUUACAAGUGUGAAAUAUGUGGCAAAGCCUUUUAUACUCUCUCAUAUCUUACUCAGCACAAAUUAGGUCAUACUGGGGAGAAACCUUACAAAUGUGAGGAAUGUGGUAAAACCUUUUACUAUCCUUCAAUCCUUAAAGAACACCAAGCAAUUCAUUCUGGAAAGAAACCAUACAGGUGUGAUGCAUGUGGCAAGGACUUUUGUACUCGCUCAGGACGUUCUAGACACCAGAGAAUUCAUACUGGAGAGAAACCUUACAAGUGUGAGCAGUGUGGAAAGGCCUUUUCUACUCAUUCAUAUCUAUCUCAGCACAGGGUGGUUCAUUCUGGAGAGAAACCCUACAAGUGUGAGGAGUGUGGCAAAAAGUUUUACUAUCCUUCUCGCCUUAAGGAGCAUCAAAGAAUUCAUUCUCAAGAGAAUCCCUACAAGUGUGAAGUGUGUGGCAAAGUCUUCAAUACUCACUUAGAACUUGCUACCCACUUGAGUACUCAUUCAGGAUAAAACCCUGCAAUUGGGAAGGAUAUGAAAAGGCUUUUUAACUCAUCCAUUCUUACCUCAGAAUAAAUUCCUGAACAGAAAUCUUAACCCCUGUGAAGAAUAUGGAAAAAUGUUUCCUGUCCUCUAGACCUUAAGCAUCUGAGGGGAAAUCACACAAGUGUGAGGACUGUGGCAAGGCUUUUGUACUCGCUUUUGACUAUCUAAACAUUAAAAGAAUCAUACUGUCGAGAAAGACCACAAAUGUGGGAAAGCUUCUACUAAACUUUUUAACCUUACUCAACACAAGAUAGUUUGUUCUGUUUAGAAAUGCUAUACAUGGGGAAAUGCUGGAAAAACUUUUUAUUCUUUAAUCUUUAAAAAAAAAAAAAGAAAAGAAAACAGAGUUCAUUCUUAAGAGAGACCCUACAAGACCCUACUAGUGUGAGGGAUGUGCUUUUGCUUAUCACUCAGACCAUAUCCAACUCAGAUGAAUCCAUAGUAGAAAGAAACCAAACUCUUGUGAAGCAUGGCAAGUGCUUUGCUAAUCCCUAUCUAACCACCUUAAAAUGUGUACUGGGAAGAAACACUACAAAUGUGAACAAAUUGACAAGGCUUUUAAAACAAAAGUAUUGGUACUGAAGAACAACCUUACAAUGGUAAAGCAUAUUAUCAAGGUUUCACUUAAGAUUCAGCACUGCGGAAUGUCAGAGAAUUCACACUUGAGAGAAUCUCUACAAAUAUGCAAAAUAUACCCAGGUGUUUAUCUGUAAUUCAUCACUGCAUAAGCAUGAGAGAAUUAGUACUUCAGAAAUGCAAGGUUUGUGGCAAGAAUAUACCUGUUUUUCUUACUUUACUUAUCCCCAGAAACUUCAUACUAGAGAGAAACUACUCAUACAAAUAAUUUGUCAGACCCUUUAAUAAUUUAAAUCUCAGUCAACACCAAAGAAUUCCACAAGCUUCACUGUUCAACUUCACAUCUCUUUGCAUUUUCUAAUGAAGCCUCAGCUGUGUGGUUGCCUAGAUUGGACUGGCUUACAAAUGUGUUGAUGGAACAUUUUCUUAGAUGCAAAUUAAUGCCCAGUCCAACCCCUGGGCAGGUGGUCCUGAGUGAAUGAAAAUUCUGUCCAAGCAUAAAUCUGAGGGAUCAAGCCAGUAAGCAGAACUCUUCAAUAGUUUCUACUUAACGUUCCUGCCUCAGGAUUUCUUCCUUGAGCUCUUGUCCUGGCUGAACUGGCUGACUAACUGUAAUUCCUGAACUGAAAACCCGUUCCUGUCCUACGUUGUUUUUUGGUUAUGGCAUUUAUGAAAACAACGGAAAUCAAAGUUGGAUAGCAAAGGAUAUGUGAAGGCUUUUCACUUUUAUGUAUACCUUAGUUAUCAGAGUUAUAAUGAUAACUGACAUUUAUACUGGAGAGAAUGUCACAAUGUCUUUUUAAAUCGAGAAUCAGACCCCUAGUUUCAGCUAAGAACAUCUGAGUCCUAUAGCAAAGACUUUGCUAUGCUGUAAUCUACCAACCUAUUCUUCCAGACAAUGUGUUUUCAAGGCGCAUUGAUUGAUUAUUCUUUAUAACUUUCCUCAAACUGUUGCCAUGCUGUCAGACUGUACUUGGGUAAUCUGAAUCUGGAUUCCUGAGCCAUCAUCUGUAUGGCAUAUUUUCCCCUUGGGUCCUCCAAUUGUAAGUAACCCUUCCCUUUGGCCUGUAAGAAAACCCGAAUAAAUUCACUUUUCUCACUAACUUGGGCUGUGGUGAAAUUCUAGGAUGGUGUGUUGUGGGGUCCCUUUGUAGUGACUAGGCAUUUACUUGUGUUUAGAGAUAACUAACGUUAACAUGUGUCAUUCAUGUUUGGCUCCAAAAUAAACAAUAUCUGGUUCCCUUUCAA